AUCUGGUGGACAGCACUGUCUGUUGCCUUGGGUCUGGACGUACGCGGUGAUAUAAUCAAAGGUGUGCCAUGUAUCAAACGCUAUCAUCAAUUAUUCUGUCCGACAGCGGGCAAUAGCUAUCCAAUUGAUAAGAUCGAACGCUUCAUCGAUGACAAUAAGGCGCUUAUGCGACGAAUGUACGGCGACUUUGAGAUGAAUCUCGAACCCGGCGGUCCACAAUCACAAACGAAGAAGCGCAAACGAAGAUUCAUUGAUGAUCCGGACAUUUUCAUACCACCCGGCGCAUUUCCAGCUUUUGUGCCCGACGAUGAAGCCGGCGCAGAACAACACGCUGAAGAAGCGGGCGAAAGUUACUUCGGCAAGCUGCGCAACAAACGACAAAUCAAUCGGAAUGCAAACAAACAAAAUUCUCGUGCAAAUUCAUUUGCGAAUGCGGGACAAAACACGGGAAGAGUGGACGCUUGUGAGUCAAAAGUGGAGAUUGUCACACCAUAUUGGGCCUCAAAUUCGGCGGGUAAAAUACGCGCCAUAGUUAAUACGCAGCAUUUCGAGCAGGCUAUACACCAGGAGGUUUGCUCCACUCCCGCGACAUCGCGCUGUGAUCGCGACUGCGGCUGUGAGCAGAAAUAUAAAUGGCAUCGCCUGCUGGCCUAUGAUCCCGACAAUGACUGCAAGGGCAUUUUCAUGGACUGGUUCCUCUUCCCCUCCUGCUGUGUGUGUAGGUGCAAGCCAUAAGCGCCGCGAGAGUUGGCUGUAUUUUAUGAAACACCAAAACCGAAAUGUUUCCUUUUUGUUUAAUUAUUAAACUUAAGUCAAUUAAGUAUGUAAUUGUACUUUUAAAAACUCACUUAAGUGGCUGACUUGAUAGAGUGUUCGGCGUAAGUAAGUUUUCUUUAAAUUAGAUAAUCAUUUUUCUUAAUUAAUCUUAAUUCGCUCGAUUCGCACACAUUUUAAAAUUAAGUUCUAUGAAAGUAAGUGAUUUUUUUUUAGUUUUAACAGAAAAUGAUUGAUUUGCAGGAAAGGCAAAGCUUAUGCAUUUGUUCUAAAGAGCUUUUAAAAGUAUGCAUAAUAUAGCUUAACAUGCAUGUUGCUUCAUGUUAAUAUUUUGAGAAUUUCUUUAUUGUCAGUGUUACCUUUUCCAUUGAUUUCCAAAUGAUUUGAAGUGUUCAUAUUAAAUAUAUUAAAUUUUAAUCGAACCUUUUUAUGAUUUUUCUCUAUGAAACAAUUAUCAUUCUCGUAUGAUUCUCUGCACUUUAUUACACUUAUAAUUGUCUGAUGAUUAUGAAAUGCAUACAUAUCUGUAUUUACAUAUGUAUUAGAUUAUAUACUAAACAUAAUACAUGUAUGUAAGUCUAAGUGAAUGUUAUAAGAAAGCGAUUAUUAGCAGAAAUUUACAAAUUUCAAAACGAAUUAAGGAAUUCCAAUAAAGUUAACUAAUUAGUAACGAAAAAGUUGAGUGAAAGUUAUAAUU